AUGUUGAGCCUUAACGAAAAUUUUCCUGAAUAUGCGGUGCCUGGGGCUAAACAAGUUCGCUUUGAACCUUACGCUGACAACGGUGGCAGCGUCGUGGCCAUCGCCGGUGAAGAUUAUGCUGUUAUAGGAGCUGACACUCGUCUCAGUACUGGUUUCUCUAUCUACACCAGAGAACAGAAAAAGCUCUUUAAACUCUCGGACAAGACUGUACUCGGAGCUACGGGAUGUUGGUGCGACACCCUCACACUUACUCGACUGUUGCAAGCCCGAAUGCAAAUGUACGAGCACGAACACAAUAAAGCUAUGACGACUCCUGCAGUAGCUCAGAUGUUAUCUACUAUGCUUUAUUACAAAAGAUUCUUUCCCUAUUAUAUUUCGAAUGUUUUGGCCGGUCUGGAUGCUGAGGGAAAAGGAUGUGUCUACAGCUAUGAUCCCAUUGGCCAUUGUGAACGAUCCAAUUAUCGGGCAGGAGGCUCUGCUGGAGCUCUACUGCAGCCAUUGCUUGAUAAUCAAAUUGGACUUAAGAAUAUGCAAAAUGUUACCGAGGCUCCACUUUCUAAAGACAAAGCCUUGGCCCUUAUAAAGGAUGUUUUUAUCAGUGCAGCAGAACGUGACAUUUAUACUGGUGAUUGCAUCUACAUUUUAAUAAUUACUGCAAGUGGUACUCAAGAAGAGAAAUUUGAUCUUCGUAAAGAU